UGCUAUGCAAAUAUCCCUUACACAACCAAUGAUCAGUAGAUAUAUAUCAUGAAUCUCUCUCUGUGCACACAUAUAUACUCUACUUUUGUCCCUAUAUAUAUAUACUCUACUUUUGCUGGUAUUUUUGGAGGGUCUGCAACUAUAGUCUUGCAGAACCAUUGUUAACGGCUCUUUCACAGUUGUGAAGGUUUUAUGUUUGCAGAGAUUAUGUGAUCUUAUGAUUUUAACACUAAUAUAUAUUAGUAUAAGAUUUUCUGAUAAAGGUUACCUGUGAAGUCAAGAUAGCUCCUCUAACAACAAGAAGAAGAAGGUUACAUUACAAUACUGAUCAUGCCAGAGGAAGAAACCGAUCCACGUCCCAUCGCAUUAAUCAUUUUCCUAAUCUUAAUUACUGGCGCGGUUGUUAAUGGUGUUGGAGAUUCAAUAGAGACUGAUAAACAAGCAUUGCUCAACAUGAAAUCACACCUUGAAGAUCGAAAUCCCCUGAACAGAGGACGAUACGCCGAAUGGAACCAACAGAAUUCUUCGCCGUGCGAUUGGCCGGGAAUUUUGUGCUUCGGCGCUCGAGUCACCGGAAUCGACCUCUCCGGGAGCCAAAUCGCUGGCGACAUGUUCGGAAACUUCUCGUCCUUAACCGCCCUCACGCACCUAGAUCUCUCGAGGAACACCGUCGACGGAGCCAUUCCGGCCGACCUAGGCCUGUGCCAGAACCUCAAAUAUCUGAAUUUGUCUCAUAACAUCAUCGGCGGAGUGCUUAACUUGACCGGACUCAGCAGCUUGGAGGUUCUCGACCUCACUGUCAAUAGAUUUAGCGGCACAAUUCAGUUGAGUUUUCCGGCGAUUUGUAACCGUUUGAUUCUUGCAAACAUUUCGGCAAACAAUUUCACCGGCGAGAUUGGUGAUCUUUUCUCUGAGUGCCCGGAAUUGCAGUAUCUUGAUCUGAGCACCAACAAUUUUAGUGGAGAUGUAUGGCUAGGGUUUGGGAAGCUGAGAAAGUAUGCUAUAUCUGAGAAUAAUUUCAAUGGCAUUAUUUCGCCGUCGAUUUUCUCAGGAAAUUGUAGCCUAAAAGUUCUGGACUUGUCAGGAAACUCAUUUGUUGGAGAAUUUCCCAAGGAAAUUUCAAAUUGUAAGGAUUUGGUGAUUUUGAAUCUGUGGGGAAACAACUUCACAGGGAAAAUUCCGGCAGAAAUUGGAUCGAUUUCGGGUCUUGAAGGGCUUUACUUGGGGAGCAACAAUUUUUUCAGAGAAAUUCCGGAGUCUCUUUUGGGUUUGAGUAAGUUGGCCUUUUUGAAUAUGGGCAAGAACAAUUUUGGGGGAGAUAUUCAAGAAAUUUUUGGGAAAUUCAGGCAGGUGAAGUUUCUUGUAUUACAUAAUAAUUCAUAUACCGGGGGGUUAUACACCUCUGGAAUUCUCAAGUUGCCCAUAAUUGAGAGGCUAGACCUGAGCUUGAACAAUUUUUCGGGGCCAUUACCAGUUGAAAUUUCUGAAAUGAUGGGCUUGAAGUUCUUGAUUCUUGCAUACAAUAACUUCUCCGGCAAUAUACCACCUGAAUAUGGAAAGUUGACAGGCCUUCAAGCUCUUGAUCUCUCCUUCAAUCAGCUAAACGGCUCAAUACCACCAACCUUUGGAAAUUUAACUUCUCUUUUGUGGUUGAUGCUUGCGAACAAUGCAUUAACAGGUGAAAUCCCACUGGAGUUGGGGGAUUGUAAUAGCUUGUUGUGGUUAAACCUCGCGAACAAUCAACUUUCUGGGACAAUCCCAACUGAGUUGACAAAUAUGGGUUUGAAUGCGACUCCAACCUUCCAGUUAAAUAAGAAAAGUGAUGGACUUGCUUCUGGUUCUGGUGAGUGCUUGGUGAUGAGGAGGUGGAUUCCGGCAAACUAUCCUCCUUUUAGUUUUGUGUACACAUUGCUUACAUGGAAGAGUUGCAGAAACCUUUGGGAUAAGUUGCUGAAAGGAUAUGGUCUAUUCCCAGUGUGUGCGCCUGGCUCAACUGUCCGGACAUUGCAGAUAACCGGUUAUGUCCAACUCAGCGGGAACCAAUUAUCCGGUAAACUCCCUCUUGAGAUUGGUAAGAUGCAGAACUUCAGUAUGCUGCAAUUGGGUGAAAAUAAAUUCAAUGGUUCUCUCCCUCCAGAGAUUAGUCAAAUGCCACUUGUAGUCCUCAACAUUUCACAGAACGAGUUUUCUGGUGAAAUUCCAAUGGCAAUUGGUGAUGUCAAAUGCUUACAAAACCUGGACUUGUCAUAUAACAAUUUCUCAGGCAGGUUCCCAACCAGCUUGAACAACUUGAAUGAGCUCAGCAAAUUCAACAUCUCAUACAAUCCCAACAUUUCUGGUGUGAUCCCCACAACUGGGCAAUUUGCAACAUUUGAGAAAGAGUCCUACUUUGGCGACCCAUUGCUGCUCCUUCCACCUUUCAUUAAAAAUGUUGCACCAGCAAACCAGAAUGAAAUGCCAAAGAAGCCUACGAAAUUGGGUGCAUCUAAUUUGGUGUUCUUUGCUCCACUAGUGGCUUUCUUAUUAUGUGGUGUCAUGUCACUCAUAGUCUGGCUAUUCCUAUUGAAAAAGUGCAAGGUAAGGACUUCAUGUUUUCUGCAUGACUGUCGGAUACCAAUAAAUUAAUCCGUUUGGACAAAACAGGAUUUACAAAUGCUAACAUCUUGAUAGCUGUUGGAAAAAUUAUUGGAUAUGCUUCUAUUUAAUAUAUGUGUAACUUUUAUUAUAUUAUUAAAUGUAAUUAGUGCACUAAACCACCUUUAAUUUCAAGAGGUUGCAAAACACCCUUUCCCUUUUUUUAUUUCUCUCUCUCUUUUUUUUUUUUUUUUCUUUUUUUUUUGGAGCAAAAAACAACCACAAUUUACUAAUGGUAACAAAUUACCCCUUUUACCUAACUGAGGACAAACUGCAGUUGAGAUAUGAUAUAAAAUUACACAAAAAAUCAUAAAUAAAUAAAUAAAAUAAAAAUCUACAGUUCGUCCAUGGCUUUGCAGCCACUG